GUUUAGUUAGUGCAAGAGCGUGACCUGUUUCUGGAUACGCUUUUGUGUUGUACCAAAUAUCUUCCUUUUUUUUAUUUUUGAGAUGGGGCCUGCCUCUGUCACCCAGGCUGAAGUGCAGUUGUGCAAUCUCAGCUCACUGCAGCCUCCACCUCCUGGGCUCGAGUGGUCUUCCUACCCCAGCCUUUUGAGUAGCUGGGACUACAGGCACGCACCACCAUGCUCGGCUAAUUUUUUGUAUUUGCUGUAGAUAUGGGGUUUUGUUUUAUUGCCCAGGGUGGUCUGGAACUCCAGUCCUCAUCUAUCCACCUUGCCCUCCCAAAGUGCUGGGAUUACAUGUGUAAGCCACCAUGCCUGGCUGCCAAAUUUCAGUAAAAUGAAUAAUCUCUUCAAAGCUGUCUUCAAACAGGCAAAUAUAAAAGCAGAAUUUUGAAUUUGGUUAAAUGGAAAUAGAGAUUCUAUUUUGUCCCAUCAACAAUGUGAAGCAUUUCCAAGAAGUACUAACAUAUUAGCUGUAUUACUCCUAACAUGUAAACCAUGUUGGCCAGGUGCAGUGGCUCAUUCCUGUAAUCCUAGCAUUUUGGGAGGCUGAGGCAGACGGAUCACUCGAGGUCAGGAGUUCGAAACCAGCAUGGCCAACAUGGUGAAACCUCAUCUCUACUAAAAAUACGAAAAAAUUGGCCAGGCUUGGGGCUGAGUGCCUGUAAUCCCAGCUACUUGGGAGGCUGAGGCAGGAGAAUUGCUUGAACAUGGGAGGUAGAGGUUGCAGUGAGCUGAGAUUGUGUCACUGCACUCCAGCCUGGGUGACAGAGCGAGACUCCUUUUCAAAACAAACAAAAAAACAUGUUAAUAUCUGUUGGUUCCCAACAGUGACCUAUAAUGUUGGUUGAAAGAUGUUUGGGGAUCUGUUUAAAUCAUAUUGAGUAGUGUCUCUGUUGGUUUUAGAGAAUAUGCUAACAUAGAGAAUGUUAACUAUCAGAGUAUCUUUCGUUUUGAUGUUUUAAGUGGCAGAAGAGUUUCCAGAGAUUUCAGAUAUAAACAGACUGAAAGAAGUAAGCUCGACCUGCAUGCUCCUUCUCUGCUGUGCUGUCCUUGAAAGACUUGGUGUCCAUCUUUGUUGUUGUUGUUGUUGUUUGAGACAGGGACUAGCUCUAUUGCCCAGGCUGGAGAGCAGUGGUGCGACCAUGGCUUGCUGCAGCCUCAAACGCCUGGGCUCAAGCGAUCCUCCCACCUCAGCCCCUCUGAAUAGCUGGGAACACAGGCAUAUGCCACCACACUCGACUUACUUCUCUAUUUCAUUUUUUUGGUAGAGAUGAGGUCUCAUUAUGUUGCCCAGGAUAGUCUUGAACUCCUGAGCUCAGGUGAUCCUCCUGCCUUGGCCUCCCAAAGUGCUGGGAUUUCAGAUGUGAGCCCACUGCAACUGGCCUGAGUGUCCAUCUUUGUGAAAGAGUCAGAUUCUCGAAUGCCUAUGAUAGAUUUGAACAAGACAAGCAAAGAUGGGAAGGAUUGACCUUAUUAGUCUUGAGACAUAUCUUAAAGCCAUGGUGAUUGAAAUUAUGUGGUUUUAGGGGCAGGAAGAGUCAAAUAAACCAAUGAAACAGUAUAGAGAGUGCAGACACAGACCAAAUACCCUGUAGGAAUUGGGUGAGCUACAGCAUGCAUCAUAAAUCCUGGGGAAAGGAUUUUGUAAACGACAGGAUAACUGACUUCAGCUAUAUGGAGAAAAAGGAAAUGGAUCCUUCCUCCAAAUGCUUCAAAAACCUAGAUGUCAAAAGUAAAAUUAUAUGGCCAAAUGAAAGAUUUCAUAAAGAGGGCUUAAAAAGUACAAACUGGUUGGACAUGGUGGCUCACACCUGUAAUCCUAGCACUUUGGGAGGCUGAGGUGAGAGGAUCACUUGGGCCAGGAGUUGGAGCCCAGCCUGAGCAACAUAAGAGACUCUGUCUCUACAAAAAAAUUUAAAAUUGGCUGUGUAUGGUGGCUUAGGCCUGUAGUCCCAGCUACUCAGGAGGCUAAGGUUGAUCCCAGGAGGUUAAGGCUGCAGUCAGCUGUGAUCUGUGAGCUGUGAUCAUGCCACUGUACUCCAGCCUGGGCAGCAGGGCAAGACUUCAUCUGUUUUGUUCUGUUUUGUUUUGUUUUUGAAUUGGAGUCUCACUCUGUUUCCCAGACUGGAGUGCCAUGGCGUGAUCUCAGCUCACUGCAACCUCCACUUCCUGGCUUUAGGCCAUUUUCCUGCGUCGGCCUCCUGAGUAGCUGGGAUUAUAGGCACCACCAUUUUUGUAUUUUUAGUAGAGAUGAGGUUUCACUGUGUUGGCCAGGCUAGUCUCGAACUCCUGACCUCAAGUGAUCCACCUGCCUUGGCCUCCCAAAGUGCCGGGAUUACAGACAUGAGCCACUAUGCCCAGCCUGUUUUUUUUUUUUCAAGUACAAUCUGUAAGAAGAAAAAGUAGAUAGAUUUGACUGUAUCAAAAUUGAAAAUUUCUGUUUGACCAAGGACACCAUAUAGAUAAAAGAUAGGUGAUAUACUAGAAGAAAAUGUUUGGAAUAUCUAAAACUGCUGUGAUGAAUAACUAGAAUAAAGUAAUGAAUGUCUACAAAUCAGCAAGAAAACAGCAAAACACUCACUAGAAAACAUGAAGCUGGUACAAGUUUGCAGCAGCUGGAAGAAGGUGAAGCCAGCGUGGCUAACACACACGAGAGGGGAGGCCAGCCUCACUAAUGCCAUUGCCACCCAUGGUUGGCUCUGGCUGCACAAAGCUGGACAAAGAUUUUGGCUCUGCAUCCUCUAAUACAAGGCAAAGAAGUUGUGAGGGUUGGGGAUAACUAAUCCACUGGCUGCCACAUGUAUACAUAUAUAUUAUUUAAAAAACAACAGAGGCGCAGUGGCUCACGCCUGUAAUCCCAACACUUUGGGAAGCUGAGGUGGGUGGAUCAUGAGGUCAGGAGUUCAAGACCAGUCUGGACAAGACGGUGAAACUUUGUCUCUACUAAAAAUACAAAAAUUAGCUGAGUGUGGUGGCGGAUGCCUGUAAUCCCAACUACUCAGGAGGGAUUGCUUGAACUCGGGACAUGGAGGUUGCAGUGAUCUGAGUAUGCCACUACACUCCAGCCUGGGUGACAGGGCAAGACUGUCUCAAAAACAAACAAAUAAACACGGCAGUUCAUUUCUCCAGAAUAAGAAACCAAUGAUGUCAAAGUCUAGGUUAUGAAAGUUAGUUUGUCUGUCCUGCAGCCAUGACCGAAUGCCUAAUACAAGGCAACCAUCUUACUAAUGUGGGGAACAAGUAAGUGCCAAGAAAGGGCUGCACAAGCUUCUAUCUGCUGUGUGUGGCCAUCAUGUGCCAAUCUUCUGACACAUGCUCUGGGGGAUGGAUAGGAUCAUUUUCUCUUUUCAUUGCCAUUCUGUCCUUGGGAGCCCACUCUAUGUACUAAUGAAUACCAUUCUAAUUUACCUUUCAUAUGUUCGGAUUCAUAUGUAUCCUUAGGACAUAAAUAAUAUUUUGUAUAUGUUUAAUUUACCUAAGUGGGAUUGUGCUAUAAAGCCCAUUGUUUCUUUUGUAACUCACGUUGUGUUAUUUAUUUUAAAAAUAGAGACAGGGUCUCACUAUGUUGCCCAGCCUGGUCUCAAACUCCUGGGUUCACUCCCAGGAGUGGAGUGAACCUCCCAAAUGCAGCCUCCCAAAAUGCUGGGAUUACAGCAAUGAGCCACUACACCUGUCCUCACAUUAUGUUUUUAACAUCUACCCAUGGUGCUCUAUUCAGUUAACUGCUUUUGACUGAUGCAUAGUUUUGCAUUCUGUGCCUAUACUACGUAUUCAUUCCCCUAAGUACAGACACUCAAAUUGUGUAUAGCUUCUUCCUACUGAAUAAUGGUAUUCAUUAAUAACUAUGCCAUUGUUAGGUGUGUCUAACAAUGAUAUAUCUAACAUGACGUUGUCAGAACAUACUAGAAUGACUUACACAAACCUAGAUGGUACAGCUUGCUACAUACACAGGCUGUAUGGUAUAGCCUGUUGUUCCUAGGUUACACACCUGUACUGUAUAUUUCUGUAUCGAAUGCUAGGAGUAAUUUGAACACAACGGUAAGUAUUUGUGUGUCUAAACAUAUCUAAACAGAAAAUAAACAGUAAAAAUACAAUAUUAUAUUCUUGUAGGGCCAUCAUUGUAUAUAUGGUCUGUUGUUCAAAACAUCAUAUGUGGCACAUGACUGCAACUACACAUUGUUUUAUGUGCUAGGAAAAAGAAGCACAGCUGCUAAUUUAGAAUGAGGGUUAGGAACAUUCUCUCUGAAGAGGUGAAAUGUAAGCCAGUCUCAAAGAUGACAACACACCAACCAGGUGGAGAGCAGUGGGCAGUUGGUGGGGCAGGAAGAGCAUUCUGGGCAGAGAGAACAGCAUUGUGCAAAGACCCACGGAUGAGAGAGAAUGAAGCAUAGGCAGGCACUGCAAGAAGGUCUUUGAGCUGGUGCAGAGGGGAAAGUUGCGGAAGGUGCAGCCAGACAGAUAGUUGGGGGAAAGAGCAACCUGGCUUGUUAAGUAUUUUGGGUUUUACACUGUAUAUAAUGCGGGGUCACUGGAGGGAUUAAAAGACUUUAGCUCCUAGGUAGAGAAUACUUUGAGAAGGUCAGUAAUAGGAGAUUAAUUCAGUUGUUGUAGAAGUCAAAGUGAGAGUUGAUGGUGGCUUGGACUAGAGUUAUAAGGGAAUGGGUAGAAAGCAGUAGAGGGAUUUUAAGUAUAUUCUGGAGAUGAAAUCAACAGAACUUGUAAAUAAUUGGAUGCUGAGGAUGCAGAAGAGGGAGGUAUCCAGAAUGACUCCCAGAUUUCUCCUAUGAAGAGUUGGGUAGGAAGAGAUGCCAUUUCCUAAAAUGGAGACUAUUGAGAGAAAAGCAAAUUAUGGGAGGAAGAGUUAGAGUUCUCUUAAACUAUGUUUAGUUAGAGACAUCCAAAUAUAGGUGGCAAACAUGGGCAGUCAGAUAAUAUGGAUCUUGAGUUCAGAAGAGAAUCUGAUCAAAAGUAUUUGUUUGUAAUUAAUUUGUAAGUAGGUGAUAUUUAAAGCUGUGGGAAACCAGUAGAUUAGGUAGUGAAUGUACAGCCAGUGAGGAGAAAUGAGGGCUUAGAUGGAAACUGGAAGACCUCCAACAUUUAGAGGUCAAAUAAAGGAGGAGGAAUCAGCAAAUCCGACUGAGGAGUGGCCAGACAUGUAGAAGACAACAUGAAGAGUGUGGUGUCACAGAGGCCAAGAUGAAGUUACGAUAGGUCAAAAAGGAUGGAAAUCAUUGGGGUCUUGGAUUGGGCAACAUGGAGGUCACCAGAGACUUUUCUGAUAGCUGUUUUUGAGCAUGCAAGCCAAUGUUGAAAUGGGUUGAAAAGAAGGUAUUUAUACUUCUGGCAAUAUGUGGGAUUAAUUAUCCUGGAAAAUCUUUCUAUGUAAAGUAUCUGAAAAUGCUGGAUAAAUAUAAGAAAUCAUUUGUUAAUGCAUAGCUGAGUACCCUCGAAAAUAAAGGAAAUCUCUAGGAGUGGGAAAAAAAAGAGUGAUACCUUGAAACCUCAGAAAUUUAGCAGAUUCUGAAACUAGAAUUGCCCUAGAAGCAUUUGCCAGUCUUAGAAACUGAGAAACUUGAGUUUAACAGCUGUCCAAGAAGAGACAGAAAGCCCUUGGGACCUUAAAAGGCAGGGAAUUAGAACUGAGACCCCUCCAAAUACAGUUGGAAUCCUUGAACAGUGACACAGUGAGUGAAAAAUUGGAAUAGGAAGAAUCUGCUACCUCGUGAAAGGAGGUGACAAAGAAAGUUCUCUCUCAUGACCUGUGUGGGAAAAACUAAAGACUGUUCCUUAGAAUUGAAAACCACAUGUCCUCUCACAUGUAUUUGGGGUUCAAAACUGCACCACCUACAUGUUGUAGAUAAUCCCUGGAUAAGAAAUUACAUUGUAUGCAAUUUGAUAGUGUACAAGAACAUCUGUUGGAAACAAAGCAAAUCCUCUUUGGAAGGACACAUCCUCUAUAAAGGCAUUCCAAGUCACGCCAGAAAUGAGCUCACAAUCUAAAAUUACAAGACACAAUAGGUAAUGCCACUCUGAGUUCUUAACAACAAACUAUAGAUUUCUCAAGAGCAUUUGAAAUUGGAAUCAUUAGUUAUAGAAUACUAAAUAAGUAUGUUUAACACUUUUAAAGAAAUAAAAGAUGGGAAAAAGCAGAGAAGCUUGGAAAAGAACAAAAUAGUGUUUCUAGUAAUAAAAUAGAAGGAUUUAAGUGGAUAUUUCCAUGAUGUUUAAACAGCAGGCUAAAUAUAACUGAAGAGAGGACUUGGUGGUAAUCUGGCAUCACCCAGAAAGACACAUGGUUUAAGAGACAUGUAGGACAGAGUGAGAAGGUUGACCACGUGUCUAAAUGAAGAGAAUCAGGAGACAAGUAGGAGAACAUAUUCCGAGGAAGUGCCUGAGAAGCUUCUGGAGAUCAUGAAAAGCAUGACUUCUGAUUUGCGAAUUAUAGUGUAUCCUGGGUAAGAUUAUUAAAGAGAAGUCUACCCCUGGACACACAGUGGUGGGAUCACAGGGCACUAGGGACAGAGACUUUUACAGCCGCCAUAAGACAGACAAGCAGCACUUAACCCAGCUACUGAAUUCUCAAUGGGAACUAGAGGACAGCAGAAUCAUGCCUUUAAAGCAUGGCCAGAACAGAGCUGUCGACCUCGAAUGCUGCCCCAGCUAAAACAACGUCCUCAAAACAAACGGCUCAAGAAACAAGACAGGAACUGCUUUCCACCAUUGAGUUCCCACUGAAGGGGCAUCUGGACAUCCAAGGAUGUAUGCGAGGGUGAAGAGGGCUGAGGGUGCCCUCAGAAAGGAUGCACAUCUGAGAUGUCAGGAGACUUGGGGAGCAAAGAAUUAGAUGGGUAAAGCUGGGCAAAUACAUAAAAUAGUGGUAAUAAAGGGUUGAAUUUGGCCGGCUAUAGACCACUUGAGCCAUGCCCACCCACGUCAUGAGCCCACCGCGCAGUUGGGGGGCCCAGCCAGAAGGCCGUGGCUCCCGUGAACCCUUGUACUGGCUGCCGGUGCGCAGGCGCCCGCGCGUGUGCCGUCGGUUCUGGAACGUGGACACCGAGGGGCCUGGCGCCAUGUUGGGGCCGAGGGGGAGGAGGGGAAGCGCUUGAAUCCGCGGGGCACACAGCGGGAGCCAGAGUGGGGUCAAGACCAGGGCUGCUAGGAGCCCUGCCCUUCCCACCUCAGCGGAUCAUGACCCGGUCGGGGUGGUGGGGGACGUGCCCUGGCGGGGCGGGUGCUGAAAGAUGAUGCCGUUUCCCGUGACAACUCAGGGAACACCGCAGCCGGCGAAGCGCUAUGGCAUCUCCGCGCCGAUCAGCUUAGCGGUCCCCAAGGAGACGGACUGCCUCCUCACCCAGAGGCUAAUAGAAACCCUCAGGCCCUUCGGGGUCUUCGAAGAGGAAGAGGAACUGCAGCGCAGGAUUUUAGUUUUGGAAAAAUUAAAUAAUCUGGUAAAGGAAUGGAUACGCGAAAUCAGUGAAAGCAAGAGUCUUCCGCAAUCUAUACUUGAAAACGUUGGAGGAAAGAUUUUUACAUUUGGCUCCUACAGAUUAGGAGUACAUACGAAAGGCGCAGAUAUUGACGCCUUGUGCAUUGCACCAAGGCAUGUGGAUCGAAGUGACUUCUUCACCUCCUUCUAUGCUAAGCUGAAACUACAGGAGGAAGUAAAAGAUUUAAGGGCUGUCGAGGAGGCAUUUGUGCCAGUUAUCAAAUUGUGUUUUGAUGGGAUAGAGAUUGAUAUUUUGUUUGCAAGAUUAGCACUACAGACUAUUCCAGAAGACUUGGACCUAAGAGAUGACAGUCUACUUAAAGAUUUAGACAUUAGAAGCAUAAGAAGCCUCAACGGUUGCCGGGUAACUGAUGAAAUUUUACAUCUAGUGCCAAACAUUGACAACUUCAGGUUGACUCUGAGAGCCAUCAAAUUGUGGGCCAAAUGCCACAGUAUCUAUUCCAAUAUACUAGGUUUCCUCGGAGGUGUUUCCUGGGCCAUGCUAGUAGCAAGAACUUGUCAGCUUUAUCCAAAUGCAGUAGCGUCAACUCUUGUACGGAAGUUCUUCUUGGUAUUUUCUGAAUGGGAAUGGCCAAAUCCAGUGUUACUGAAAGAGCCUGAAGAACAGAAUCUUAAUUUGCCAGUAUGGGACCCAAGAGUAAAUCCCAGUGAUAGGUACCAUCUUAUGCCUAUCAUCACACCAGCAUACCCACAGCAGAACUCCACAUACAACGUGUCUGUUUCAACUAGGAUGGUCAUGAUUGAAGAGUUUAAACAGGGGCUUGCUAUCACACAUGAAAUUUUGCUGAAUAAGGCAGAGUGGUCCAAACUCUUUGAAGCUCCAAGCUUCUUUCAAAAGUACAAGCAUUAUAUUGUACUUCUGGCAAGUGCACCAACAGAAAAACAACAUUUAGAAUGGGUGGGCUUGGUGGAAUCAAAGAUCCGGAUCCUGGUUGGGAGCUUGGAGAAGAAUGAAUUUAUUACACUGGCACAUGUGAAUCCACAGUCAUUUCUAGCACCCAAAGAAAAUCCUGAUAAGAAAGAAUUUCGUACAAUGUGGGUGAUUGGGUUAGUGCUAAAGAAGCCAGAAAACUCUGAAAUUCUCAGUAUUGAUCUCACCUAUGAUAUCCAGUCUUUCACAGAUACUGUUUAUAGGCAAGCAGUGAAUAGUAAGAUGUUUGAGACGGGCAUGAAAAUUGCUGCAAUGCAUUUAAGAAGAAAGGAACUUCAUCAGCUGCUGCCUCAUCAUGUGCUUCAGGAAAAGAAAGCACACUCUCCAGAAGGUAGAAGAUUGACAGAUUUGAAUGACAGAAGCUUUGACUUGUCUGCAGGUGGUGAAAACAGCAUUUCUGUGCCUUCAUCUACUAGCACUAUGAAGACAGGCCCAUUGAUUAGCAGUUCUCAGGGUAGAAACAGUCCUGCCCUGGCUGUAAUGACAGCAUCUGUGACGAACAUACGGGCUACUGAAAUUUCCUUGCAACAGGUGAAUACCAGUGAAAGUUCAGGGGCUGCAUUAAACGAAAGUAUUCCUCAUGCUGUCUCUCAGCCUGCCAUUGCUCCAUCACCAAAGCCCAUGGUCACCAGAGUUGUUUCUUCGACAUGUCUCAUAAGCCAUCCAGACCUUCAGGAAACGCAGCAACAAACAUAUCGAAUCCUAUAGUUGGAGUCUAGAGGAUAUUCUUGCUUCAUAAAGAAGAAAGGACCAAGAAAACCUAAACAGGAAAAACUCAACACAAAGACAAGUACAACUCCAUUAGAAGCAAUUCAGACAGCAUCUUCUCUGUUGGCCUCUCAGCGAACUUCAGUACAGAUCUUUCCAGUAUCCCCGUUCUCCCUGCUAACCAAUUCCUGUUAUCAAGAAUACAGUAAAACAGGUUGAAUGGAUAAAAACAACCACAAGGGUCCAUCAACAGUAUCUGCUAACUCAGCCUGUUGUCUUCAAAUACUAAAGAAGGAGAAUGAAGGAUACAGGACUAGAUAUGACUUGAAGUGGAUUUGGGCUCAUUUAGUAACUUCCUUUACUGGGCUAGUCUUGAUCAGAAGUCCAAAUUAAUAUGUGACAGCUAGAGAUGCUGUUAUUAAUGUGUCAGCAACAGUUACAUUAACUAUUUCAAAACUGCCCUUAAAAAGAAAAAACUGUCCAGUUAUAUUUAUACCCGUGACUGACAUCUGGACUGGAUUUAUGUUUGAUGCAUUGUUGGGAAAAUUUGAAUACAAGCUGGUAUCAGAAUUCCUUACACUGAUGAUGUACUUUAUAUUUUUUGUUAGAAAGUAGAACUAAUUUUAGAUUUUUCAAAUUGGUGAAUUUUAUUUUUCCCUGAAGAGGUUUCUUCACUAUUAAUCUUAAAAUUGGAUACCAUUGUGCAGUGGUAUACUGUACUUCAGAGAAAGCAAAAAAGUUCAUCUGGCUCAGUCCCCAUGAGGUAGCUUAACCUUUUAAAAUGAAAUGUCAACUUUUAGGUAUGUAUUUGACAUCAAAACAAUCAUUAGUAGGUAUUUGGUUCUGAUGGCACACCAUGGAGAAAUGACACACUGGUUUUAUCUGUAGAACUGUUUUAGAGAGUCAUCAGCAAUCAGAUAUUUUCUCUGAGCUGAGAAAGCUCCAUAUUGUCUUGGCCUCAAUCAUUAGUCCUAAAACAAAAAGGCUUUUUGUCUCCCCCUUUUCUCUUUGCUUGCAUGCACAGAGUAUGCUUAUGUGUCAUUACACACACACACACACACACACACACACACAUACAAAGCAAUAAUUUUCUAAACCAUGAUGUGAAACUGACAAUCCUGUGGCCACAUGGUACAAAACGCCAAAUUUUGGUUACCACAAAACUCCACAUUGUAGCAAAACUUUACUAAAUAUAAUGCCUCUGAGAUGUGUUUCUGAUCUUGGAGGACCAUUGGAUCUCUAUAUAUGAGAAGUUUUGUACAUUCCACAGAAUACCUCCUGAUGGGAAAGUUAAUUUCCAGUUUCACACAUAAGCAAAAAGGCAUUUUCUCCAAGAGUUUUAAGCACAUUUUUAUUUUUAAAUGACUUAUCAAAACUCAUCUGUAAGUUUUACAUGUAGAAACAUAUAAAAGUAAUUUUUAGCAAAACCGUGACAUCUUACUGGCUUUCUGCUCUUCUGUUUUAGUCUACAAAAGAUCAGCAAUACUUUAAGUGGAAAAAAGAAGAUCCCUCGUAAUUAAGCAGUAGAGCAUCGAUGUUUAGGAAAUAUGAGGGACAACAGAUGUGGAUGAAUGAAAGUUUAGUCUUUCUUAAUCUAGACAGCAAACUUAACAGUCUUUCCAGUUAGCCUUGCUUUAACCCCUUCCCUCCCUCCUCUAAUUGCAGUUUCAUGUUAAACUGCAAUUACGGAAACUCUUUUCCUGUCCUAUGGAUUAAUUUUCUAAAGUUGAAAUAUAGUCAUUUCCUAUUAGGCUGUACAUUACUUGAGACUUUUCUUUCACCAUUACCUUCUGAUGUCUAGUAUACAGUAUUUCUUUUUUUCACGUCUUUGCCCUUUCACCAGAAUAAUAAAUUGGGUGAAGUGUGCACAAUAUCUGUAUUUUGAAUGGCUAUGGUGUUAGGAUGAAAUGGCCAGGCACAAAUUUAAUCUGAUCAUUUUGUUUUCACAUUGGGAAAAAAUUAGUUUAUUAAACAUUACCUGUAACUGUACCUGUUUUACCAAGCUGGAUCCUUGGGACUUUUUAUUUCUAAUUUUUAUUACCUGAAUGUACAUAGUGAGUGGAGUUUGCUUUGUUAUAUAGUAUCUAUACUCCUGGUAUUUUCAAGCACUGCUUUGAAAACAGAUGACUUACUUCUCCGUUAAAAACGCAAUAAAAGUAAAUGGCAAACAA